UGACAGCCUCAGAGUGGAGUGCGUGUUUUGUGUGUGUGAGUUUCAUACAUACGAUCACACACUCCUCCCCGCUCAUCGCUGACAGCUUUCAGUUUUUGCGAUUCAUCUUCUCCUCUCCCUGGAUUUCUUCAUCCCUCAUCGUUAUUUCUUCGCCUGGCUUCUGUCUCAAUUUUCUUUUCCUUUUUUUUCAGGAAGCCCCACACUCCCUCCCGUCCAUCACCGGAUCUCGAUUCUUCUUCGUCCACUCUCCAGCGAUGUCGUCUCUUCUGAAGGAGGAGAUGCAGAGAGUUUUAUUCCGACCCGAAAAACUGAGACUGGCGGAGUUUAUUGAGAUCGAGGAGCCGACGGACGGGAGACAUUUUCUCUGCGUCUCAGUUUCGAAAAACAAAGUGGUGCAGUUAUGCAUAGUGCGAUGUCAGGCUUCUCAGCCGUCCCUCAAGCCUGGAUCCAAGGAGUCCCACACCAUGCGCUCCAGCAUCCAGGAGUGCUACCGGAGGACGGAGGUGUGGCCCCUCCACGACCUGAUUCUUGUUGACGGACGGGACCCUGAUGUGGAUGACCCCUGUUUCCUGCUGCACUUUGACACGGUGCGCACGGUGACGGCCGUCAGCUGCUCGGCCAAAUAUACGUUCGUGCGCGCGCUCUUCGUCCUCAGCGAGCAGCACUGCCAGAGGUCACUGAACCUGCGGAACUUUGACUGGGCCUACAUCAAGCCCACCUCCUUCUACUCCAACCGAGGAGACUGCGUGGUCCUCACACAGAUCUGCUUCUACGCAUUCAACCUGGUGUGUCUCUCCAUGUGUCCCGUGCCCCUGGACGCGUAAUGGAGCGACACCACGACCGCGUGUACGUGCGUAUGUUAGUAAACUGCACAAGCUUUACAGUAUAGAGCUGUGGAUUGAAUGUGAGCUCGUGGCUUGUGCUAACUAUAGUAAGGCUUAUUCACCGUGACAUGUCUUUUUCGCGUUAAUUCUCUACUGAAUGCGUCCAAGUCACAAGCAGCUUGGUAUUUGUUCAUUUUGUACAUCUACUUUUGUGAUGUUUUACUUACUCACCCUAUUCCUCUCUGUGUGCUGCUGUGAACAUGUGGACUUCAAAUGGAGAACCAAUAAAAACAAGCACACAUUCCUUG